CAAAAAGAAGAAGAAGAAGCUGCUGUCGUAAUGGGUCGUGUGAUUAGGGCACAGCGUAAGGGUGCUGGUUCCGUCUUCAAGUCCCACACUCACCACCGAAAGGGUCCGGCUAAGUUCCGUAGCAUCGAUUACAGCGAGAGAAAUGGAUAUCUCAAGGGUGUUGUGACGGAGAUCAUUCACGAUCCAGGACGUGGAGCUCCGUUAGCUCGUGUCGACUUCCGUCACCCUUUCCGUUACAAGAAGCAGAAGGAGCUGUUCGUAGCCGCCGAAGGUAUGUACACGGGACAAUUCCUCUAUUGUGGCAAGAAGGCCAAUCUCGUCGUCGGGAACGUUCUUCCGCUUAGAUCGAUUCCGGAGGGAGCUGUUGUCUGCAACGUCGAGCUCCAUGUCGGUGACCGUGGAGCUCUCGCUAGGGCUUCCGGUGAUUACGCCAUCGUGGUUGCUCACAAUCCUGACAGCGACACCACUAGGAUCAAGCUUCCUUCAGGAUCGAAGAAGAUUGUGCCAAGUGGGUGCAGAGCCAUGAUUGGGCAAGUAGCAGGAGGAGGAAGAACAGAGAAGCCGCUUCUAAAGGCAGGUAACGCAUACCACAAGUACCGCGUGAAGAGAAACUGCUGGCCGAAGGUGCGUGGUGUUGCGAUGAACCCAGUCGAACAUCCUCACGGAGGAGGAAACCACCAGCACAUUGGUCACGCCAGUACGGUCAGACGCGAUAAAUCUGCUGGAGGUAAGGUUGGUCAAAUCGCUGCAAGGAGAACUGGUCGUCUCAGAGGUCAAGCUGCCGUUGCAGCUGCCAAGUCAGUUUAGACUUGACUUGUGUCACACUCUUCUCUGCUUUCUUUGAUUUUGUUUUGCUAAUUAUUUUUAUUACAUCCUUGAGAUAAGUUUUUGGUUUUUGUAAGCUUAUGAGCUUUAUACUGGAUCUGCC